AUGAGCCCCGUCUCUCCUCUCUCCCCCUCGCCUCCUCACCCCCCCUCCCCCCCCUCCAGGUUGACAGCUCUGGUGGUGAAGACCCUGUCCCUGACGGACCCUGUGGUCCCCGUGGACCAUCAGUCUCUGUCAGACUCGGUGUCCUGGUUGAUCCGCAGCACUCAGCAGCCGGACGGGUCCUUCAGCGACACGUCCUCCUUCAGACCCAACAGAAUCAUGGCCUCGGGGACGGAUGCAGGCGACCAAUCAGUGUAUCUGACGUCCUUCGUGCUGAUCGCCUUACACAAAGCAACGAGCAUCCAAGACCCGAUCCUGCAGCUGCGAUUUCACGAUGACAGCAUCAAAUCUGCAGCAAACUACAUUUCCCAGCGUGCCCUGGGUGUGAAGAGUGUGUAUGUGCGUGCGGUGGCGACCUACGCUCUGACCCUUCAGGACCCCAACAGCGUGACGGCCUCUCAGCUGCUCAGCUCUCUGGAGAACCUGGCUCGACAGAAAGGUCACCCCGCUGUGCUCAGGUACUGGCAGGAGCCCAGCGUGAAAGCUGAUUGGCUGAAACCCGACCAAUCCAGCGGCCUGACGGUGGAGAUGACUGCGUACGUCCUGCUGACUGUGCUGCUCAAGUUUCACGAUGACAGCAUCAAAUCUGCAGCAAACUACAUUUCCCAGCGUGCCCUGGGUGUGAAGAGUGUGUAUGUGCGUGCGGUGGCGACCUACGCUCUGACCCUUCAGGACCCCAACAGCGUGACGGCCUCUCAGCUGCUCAGCUCUCUGGAGAACCUGGCUCGACAGAAAGGUCACCCCGCUGUGCUCAGGUACUGGCAGGAGCCCAGCGUGAAAGCUGAUUGGCUGAAACCCGACCAAUCCAGCGGCCUGACGGUGGAGAUGACUGCGUACGUCCUGCUGACUGUGCUGCUCAAGGGGAGAAUCCAGUACGCAAACCCCAUCCUGGCCUGGCUGACCCAGGAUCAGCACUACGGAGAGGGUUUCUACUCUAUACAGGACACAGUGUUGACUCUGGAGGCGGUGACAGAGUACAGCAGAGUCAUCCCUCGAGCUGUCCUCAAUCAGGACAUCAACAUCCGCUUCAAGAAGGGAGAGCUGCGGCGUGUCCAGCUCAGCCAGAGCCGGCCUGUGGCCACGCCCAUCCAGGUGACAACGAAUCAGGACAUCACUGUCACCACAGGUUAUGGGAGGGGCGUGUCCAACGUGAAGAUGAAGACAGUUUACUACACGACGACGGCGUCCACAGAGAAAUGUAACUUUGACAUCACGAUCGAGGUGGUGGGCCCCGACGCCUCCAACAGUCCCAGUAUGCGUGGUCCUCACCUGAUCGCCUGUGCAAGGUACAAACCUCCUCCCAACGAGGUGAUCACAGAGUCCAGUCUGACGGUGAUGAAGAUCCAGCUGCCAACAGGUGUGGAGGCUUACCUGGAGGACCUGAGACAGUUCAGAGACACGGAGGAGCCGAUCAUCUCGCACUACGAACUGCAAGGAAACACUGUGGUCAUUCAGAUGGACGCUGUUCCCUCGGACAUCUUCCUGUGCGUUGGUUUUCGGAUCAGGACCGGGUUCAGUGUGAGCGGGGCCAGCAAGUCCCUGUUCAGCGUCUAUGAGCCUCAGGACAAAGAGAGCUCCUGCACCAAACAGUUCUCCUACGAGGAGCAGAAGCUGCAGCGCCUCUGUGUGGGCGAACAGUGUCAGUGUAUGACAGCUGCGUGCGCUGCCUACAGAGGAAAGGUGGAUGCGAGUCUGACAGCAGCCAAACGCACUGAUGAGACCUGCAAGCCUCACAUCAGAUACGCCUAUAAGGUGACGGUGAAGUCUUCAACAGCAGAAGGAGACUUUAUGACCUACACAGCCACCGUAGCUGAAGUCCUGAAGAACACAGACAAAGCAUUUGAAGCGGUGAGUUCGGGUACAGAGGUGGAGCUGGUAAAAAAGGUCACCUGCAGCGCUGUGGAAAUCCAGAACAACAACCAGUACCUGGUGAUGGGAGCCAGCGGGUCGGAGGUCGCGCUCAGCCAAGGCUUCAAGUAUCGUCUUCCUCUGGACUCGGAGGCGCUGGUGGAGCGGUGGCCCACAGACUGUAGUUCUCCCGAGUGUUUGGACUACAUUUCCCAGCUGGAGGACUUUGCUCUGGACCUGCAGUUAGCCAGCUGUCCUGACUCAUCCUAACUCAGCAGACCAGAUUUUCACUGCACUUUUUAAUUUAAUAGGAGGGGGUGAAGGUGAACACGUUGUUAUUAUUAGCUCAGCUUUAAACAGAGCUCACAGUUUAAAUGUAAAUUCAUUUUAUUUCUCCUUUUCAUAAUCUGCCAAUAAAAUUCAAAUAAAUUCA